GCUGAGUGAAAAACAGAAGAGAAAUGGCGGCAACUAAGAGCAAGGCAGUUUACAACGUUUACCGAGCGCUGAGCCAUGGUCUCUCACCAUUGCUGUACCUUCACCUACACUGGCGCAAACUCCGAGGCCUCGAGCAUCCACUCCGCUGGCCCGAGCGUUUGGGCCGACCUUCCCUCCCUCGUCCCCCGGGGCCGCUCGUCUGGUUCCACGCCGUUUCAUUAGGUGAAGGAAUGGCUGCCAUUCCUGUAAUCAAACAAUGCAUUCAGCGAAGGCCUGAUUUGACCAUCUUGAUGACCACUACAACGUCGUCCGCAUUUGAAGUAAUAGAGAAACGUCUUCCAACUGGUGUCAUACAUCAGUUUGCGCCUGUUGAUACACCUUCUGCUAUGGACUCAUUCCUCGGUCACUGGAAGCCAAAUGCAAUUGUGAUUAUGGAGAGUGAACUGUGGCCAAAUUUAAUUAUGGGUGCUUCAGAAAAGGGUAUCACACUGGCAUUGUUAAAUGCUCGGGUAUCUACUAAAUCCUUUAAACGUUGGUCAGGACCAUUGCUUCUGCCACUUGUUUCGUUGAUGCUAUCAAAGUUUUCUUUGAUUGUCCCAUUGAGCAAUAUGCAGGCAAUCCACUUUCAGCUACUGCAUGCUCCCCCUUUUGUGAUCAACUUUUCUGGUGACUUGAAAUAUGUGGUUGAAGAAUUUGACAUUUCUGAGGGAGAGAUCAGAAGUAUAGAAGAUUUAAAAGUACAUCUUGCCCUCCGGAAAGUUUGGAUGGCUUCAUCCAUACAUAAGGGGGAAGAAGAAGUAAUACUAGGCAUUCACAAAGUGCUCAUGCAACAGUACCCAGAUGUGUUAACUAUUAUUGUUCCUCGACAUCCGCAGCAUGGAAAAGAGAUUGCUCAACAAUUAUGGAAAGAUGGGCAUGGUGUAGCUCUAAGGUCUCGACAUGAUAAACUUGUAGGAGACACAAAUUUAUAUGUGGUGGACACAUUAGGUGAAUUGAAACACUUGUAUAGGUUAACUCCAGUAGCUGUUAUUGGAGGUUCUUUUUUACCUAAUCUUUCUGGUCACAACAUAUCAGAAGCUGCUGCAGCUGGCUGUGCUGUUUUGACGGGUCCUUAUGUUGGGCAUUUUUCACGCAUGGUGCUGGAAAUGCAACGAUUAAAUCCUCUAUCAGUUCUGCAGGUUUCUGGAAAAAUAGAACUUGAAGACGCUCUUAAAAAGUUGUUUAGUGACGCCAAUAUUCUAGAAGCACGUCGUACAGCUGCAAAACAAGUGUAUCAUUCUCUGUCAACUGGUAUUGUUGGCAAGGUUUGGAGUCUUCUAGAUUUUCAGAUUCUCCAACGGGCUUUAAGCUAAACAGUACAUGAAGAUCAGUUUGCAACAAUAGAAAAUAGGGUAAGGUUACUGCUGCCAUUAGCAUCAGAGUAUUUUAUUUUUAUAGCCAUUUAGCAUGCCCUUACUAGCAUGGGUUUGCUGUAUCAAAUUUCUUCUUCCAGUGGCACCUCUGGUUGUGAGCGAUAUGUUGUCUAUACAGCCUCACAUUAGGUAUAGGAUUCUUGAAUUUACUUUUGCCCUUCAAGAAAGAUGAAGGUUGACAGUGAAAAACAGCGGCUUUGGAAACAAUAUGUGCCUUGAUCUCUAAUGUUAAACCUCAUACGGUUUAAACCCAUA